GAGCGAACGCACAUUAUAGUUGAAUUUAUUUUUAAAAUAGCCCUUUCUGCUUUGAAGUGUCAGAAAAUAUAGUCAUGGAGGACGACCUUGCACUCCCCGCCGACACACUAGCCAUUCUCAAUGAAUUCCUGGCAGAGCGUUCCAAACGCGAGGCCGAAGAGGAGGAUCGCAUUGUAAACCAGGACGGUAAGGAAGCAACAUUUGAAGAGAAUUGGCAAUUGAGCCAGUUCUGGUAUAGCAAAAAGACCAAACUCACAGUACGUAACAUUGUUGCCAAGCUAUUGAAGGAACAACCAAAUAAACCCGAAGAACGCAACUACCGCAUAGCUUUGCUGUCUUGUCCAUCUCUUUACAAGGAUAUUAAAGAUAUAUAUGACCACGUCAGCAUCUUCGAGUACGACGAGCGUUUUUCAGCCUACGGCACUGAUUUUGUCCAUUACGAUAUCAAUUGUAUAGAUCCAGACUAUCUGAUAAACCAUCACAAAAAAUAUGAUUUAAUCAUAGCCGACCCGCCGUUCUUGUCCAAGGAGUGCAUAGAGAAAAUAUCUGCCAUUAUCCUUAAGCUGCAGAGCAGUCUAAGUGAUUCCAAACUGAUAUUUUGCUCUGGAGAGGUAGUGGAACCCUGGCUCACAGCCUGUUUGCCGGUGCAUAAGUGCAAUUUCCGACCGGAGCAUGAACGUAAUUUGGGCAACGAGUUCGUUAGUUAUGCCAACUUCAAUUUGGACAAUUAUAUUUAAAAUGAACCGAAUAAAAUGUGUGUUUCUUGUGUG